UUGCAUGGAUAUGUUUUGAAGCUCAGUUAGUCUUGUGCGGAAGUGCAUGAAACGCAAGUCCCCUCGACGUCACAUCCGGUGCAAGAUGGCAGCGACCUUUUGUGGCAGGAUUUUUACAAAAACAGGAUGUUUUCCAUUGGUCCAGAGUGUACGUCAUGGCUCCAAGGCAGUAACCCGUCACAGAAAGCCCAUGCACUUUCUGAAGCAGAAGCUGAUGGCUGUUACAGAAUACAUUCCCCCUAAACCUGCUCCUCCUCCUGGAGCUUUUCCAUCACUUAUCCAGAAAACUGAGGAGGAAAGUGGCCUGUUUAGGCUGUUAAAGAGAGACCUGGAGACAGUCUUUAAUGAGUACAAGAUGAUUGCUGUGCUCCAAAACAAUGCCAUUAAUGCUGAGGACAUGUUGCUGCUGAAGCACAGGCUUAAAAAACAUGACAUUUCCAUUAAAUUCUUUCCCAAUAAGGUAAUGAGAUCCUUUCUUCCCACCAGUCCCUAUAGAAACAUGCAGCCUCUGUUCAUUGGACAAACUGUUUUGUUUGUCAGCAAAGAGCCAAAAGUGAAGGAAAUGUUAAAUGUGUUACGGAGGAGUCCUCAGAUGCUACUGUUAGGAGCCUGUAUUGAGAACACGCUACUCUCAAGGGAAGGAAUUCUUAACUACUCUAAGCUGCCUUCUGUGCGUACUAUCCAUGGUGAACUGGUUGGAGGUUUGACCUUGAUGACGUCACACACAGUUGCAAUGCUGCAUCGGCACCCAGCAUACCUGUCAGCUCUCCUCCAGCAGUAUAUUAAACAGCAGCAGCCUGCAGACAGCACUGAGAUCACUUCAGCACCCAAAACGAAUAAAACAUCAGCCUGAAUUGAAUUACUUGCCAUCUGCGAGGCUGAAAAAUUUCAGAUCCAUAAGCAUGAGCUCUUUGUGGACUCUGAUAAAGAACAUCAAUACUGUUUUAACACCAAAAUUGUCAUGUAUUUAUCGACCGAUCAGUGGAUUAUGCAACAUAAAGACAUACUUAAGAUGUU